CCGAGAACGGUAAGUGACUUGCCUUUUGUGGAAGAGCUUUGUUCCGCUGCCUCCUGCCAAAAUCGUUUCGAAGCCGUGGCGGAGUUCAGAAGUGACCUGGACGCCUCCUCCUUGAACAUAUAUAAUCCUCAACUUCUUUCACAACCUCGCCAGCCUCUUGCCUUCCUACCCUCUGCUCGACAGUGGCCCCCAGUUCUCGACGCGCAAGUAGCUCCCGACCCUUGACAAACGCGACAUCUCUUCACUUGUAUGUCUAGCUCGCCACUUCUCGUGCACGCCACCCGACUGCCAACCACACAGGAUUUGGGGCGGGAUUCGCCGUUCACUGUCUUCUAUAUCUGGUCUCUGAGAAACUAGGCCUCGUGGAUUGUGGCGACGUCUCCGACACCGUCCAAAGUAAAAGUGGGCUCGUAUCUGGCUUUGGCGACGUCCUUGGCACUGUCCUCCUCAUGGCUCUUGGCCACUAGCUGCGACCUCUAGGCAAUGCUCUUAGGCAGCUUGAUGGCACCAAGGCGGUUGGCCCAACAGAGUCUCAAGCUAUUACUCGGAAGCCGGCCAAGCGGCAGACCCAAACGGUCGCGAUCCACCCCCCAACACAUCGGGUCCGCCAAGAUACUACAAGAGGACAUCUCGGUUUCGCCUCGGUAUAGCUCCCAUGUUACUGCUAGCGCUCCAUGUUACAAUACGUCUAUGUGACGUGCGCAUGUCGUUGUUGCUUGCAUAGUCGCAGAUUGUUCUCUUACUUACGGAACAGGCAUGCGCAGCGAGUCUUGGAGGUUGGUGUGACUCGCGUCUCGGGGGGAAUUUCGGUCGCUGUCGGGGCAACUGGCAGCGACAUGCCUGCACUUUCAGCCAGAGGGCAGGGCGGACGUAUGUUAUCUACGACGACCCAAGAAAGGCUAGGUUUUACCCCACGUCCUCCCUUGAAUGGGCGGAGACUCGCUGUUGCACCUGUUCUAUGCUCCAAAAU